GUCGCCGAUCUCGCGCACGCUACUGCUGCUGCUCGCCCAUCGUCUCCCCAUCGUGCACUAAGCGGUCCCAAAAGAUUCAAAGUCCAAGAUGACAGCCCUCAAGGACCAGCUGAUUGUGAAUCUUCUUAAGGAAGAACAGGUCCCCCGGAACAAGAUUACAGUUGUUGGGGUCGGUGCUGUUGGCAUGGCUUGUGCCAUCAGUAUCUUAAUGAAGGACUUGGCUGAUGAGCCUGCUCUUGUUGAUGUAAUGGAAGACAAGCUAAAGGGAGAGAUGAUGGAUCUCCAGCAUGGCAGCCUUUUCCUUAAGACACCAAAAAUUGUCUCCAGCAAAGACUAUAGUGUGACUGCAAACUCCAAGCUGGUCAUUAUCACGGCGGGCCGUCAGCAAGAGGGAGAGAGCCGGCUCAAUUUGGACCAGCGAAACGUGAACAUCUUCAAGUUCAUCAUUCCGAACGUUGUGAAAUACGCUCCACAGUGCAAACUGCUCAUCGUCUCAAAUCCAGUGGAAAUCUUGACCUACAUGGCUUGGAAGAUCAGCGGCUUCCCCAAAAACAGAGUUAUUGGAAGUGGUUGCAAUCUGGAUUCGGCUCCGUUCCGUUACCUGAUGGCAGAAAGGCUGGGAGUUCAUCCACUGAGCUGUCACGGAUGGGUCCUGGGAGAGCAUGGCGACUCCAGUGUACCUGUGUGGAGUGGUGUGAACGUCGCUGGCGACUCCCUGAAGUCUCUGAACCCAGAGCUGGGCACGGAUGCAGACAAGGAGCAGUGGAAAGAUGUGCACAAGCAGGUGGUUGACGGUGCAUACGAAGUGCUCAAGCUGAAAGUUUACACAUCCUGGGCCAUUGGCCUCUCCGUGGCAGACUUGGCUGAGAGCAUAGUGAAGCACCUUAGGCGGGUGCAUCCCAUUUCCACCAUGAUUAAGGGUCUCCAUGGAAUCAAUGAGGAUGUCUUCCUCAGCGUCCCAUGUAUCCUGGGACAAAAUGGAAUCUCAGAUGUUGUGAAGGUGACACUGACCCCUGAUGAGGAGGCCCGCCUGAAGAAGAGUGCAGAUACCCUCUGGGGAAUCCAGAAGGAGCUGCAGUUCUAAAGUCUCCCCAGUGUUCUAGCCCUUCACUGUCCAGGCUGCAGCAGGGUUUCUAUGGAGACCACACACUUCUCAUCUGAGCUGUGGUUAGUACAGUUGUGUUGAGGUGGUCUGGAGAAAAUCUCAGUUCCACAGCUCUACCCUGCUAAGUGGUACUUGUGUAGUGGUAACCUGGUUAGUGUGACAGUCCCACUGU